AUGGAUAAUAACGAGCUUGCGUUGGCACUGAAAGAAGAGGAAUUGGAUAAAGUUACCGUAUAUUUAAGCCGAUGCGGACUUCAGCCAAACACUGACUUAUUAGCAAAGGGAUAUCCUGACUUAGGCUGGGAUCCUGUAGAGGGGGAACGAUACAUCGAUUUUUUGCGGUUUUGCGUUUGGAUUAACGGAGAGAAUGUAGAGGAAAAUGCAAAUCUUGUUAUAAGGCUUUUAAUUCGUAGGCCAGAAUGUCUUGGAGUCGCACUAAAAGGAGAAGGUCAGGGCUUGUUUGCAGCGUUCAAGGAGGCAAUUGCGCUAUCGGAAGACAUUCGUGCACUCGAAGAAGGAGUGCAUCCUGCAGCAUUAAGCAGCGGUCUGUUGGGUGAAAAUGCUCACUAUCCAAGUAAAGAAGUUGAAAAAGAGGAUUACAUUGAUUUGGGUGCCGCAAUUUUGGAUUUUUAUUCGUCUCUCGUGGACCUCUUAGCGAAGUGCGCCCCAGACCCAGUUACUAUCCAGGAGGGGAAAGGAGACAGUGUGCGUGCUCGAGCGAUAUUGCGCUCUUUAAUAUCGCUCGAUGACUUGGGCCAAAUUCUGGCUCUUAGAUUCACCAUACCAAAUUUAGCGGCUUCUACUCUUGCUGACGGGCAGCAAAUUGUUGCAGGUAGUGGCCCUCUACCUGGUCUUCUUCCCAGUCACAAACAAUCUGUCCUUUUAUUUCUUGAUCGGGUAUACGGUAUCGAUUCACAAGAAAUGCUUUUCCAGUUCCUCGAGCAGAGUUUUCUGCCUGACUUACGAGCGGCCACGAUGAUGGACUCACCUCGCGCUCUAGAAAGUGAUACUGCUUUGGCGCUCAACCGUUACUUAUGCAAUGCAGUCUUACCCUUGCUAACAAACCACUCUCACUUCUUCGCUGACUCUGAACACCAUGCUGCUUUGCUUGAUGCAACGUUACACACGGUUUAUCGUAUGAAUAGAUUGCAAUCUCUAACUAAAAAUCAACGCGACGCGGUUUCUGACUUCCUUGUUGCUAUAACGCGAGAGCUACCACCGUCAAUGAUGGUCAAGUUAAUGAGGAAAGUGAUUAUUGACAUUCAAGAAAUGGCUGAAAAUAUUCUUGUCCCUCUCCGGUUAAUGACUCUGCAUUAUGAACGAUGUUCGAAAUAUUACGGUAGCGGUAAUGUAUAUGGAGUAGCAGGAGAAACAGAAAAGCGUCUUUCAAUGCUGUUGUUUUAUGCAAUUUUUGACUCGUUAGGUAGUAAACCGUAUGAUCCAGAACUCUUUGGCAAAGCUCUUCCUUGUUUAUCUGCUAUUGGUAAGCACCAUUCUAACGAAAAUGAUAAAGGUGUAUGGGUUCCCAAACCUAUUGAUGUGACAAGUUUCGACCUCUCUAGUGAUCUGGAUGACAUGACAACGAAGUUUGCUGAACAUUUUCAUGAUUCUUGGGCUGCUAGAAAGUUUCAGAUAGAAAAAGGUUGGCAUCAUGGCGAUAUAUACUCGCGACAGGCGUUAACACAUCCGCGCUUGAAGCCUUUCAGCCUUCUCCAAGACUACGAAACGGCAUUUUAUAAAGAAAGAUGCAGUGAAUGCCUUAGAGCUUUACUAGCUUGGAAUUACUCUAUUGAACUGACCGAUCAAGAUGCUGCAGAGAAAGCCGCCCAGAACCACACUACUUCUGGGACUACAAUCGAGAACUUUAGUCCAAAACCUAUUGACCUUUCAAGCAUGACUUUGGAAAAGGAAAUGGUGGCAGCCGCAGAGAAAAUGGCAGAGCAUUCUCACAAUAUAUGGGCUAACAAAGUAAGGAUAAGUCAGUUAGACUCAAGAACUUUUGAUUAUGGAAAAUGGGGGUACGCUUGGAAUAAAAAGUAUACUCAAGAAUGGACAUUUAUGAGUGCGAUAGUGACAGAAGAACUUAUAGAAACCCACAGUAUUGCAGGUUUGGUGGAUCACAUUGAAUUUGGUUGGGCGAGAACUCCUGAUAUGCUUGCUUUGGGGAGUGAAUACUUAUGUUUUCAAGCUUACUGGGUUGCUGGCACUGCAGUCUUUAACGUGUACCCGAUGGUUUUCAAAGAGCUUUCUACGAAAGGAGGUAACAUGCCUAUUCCGUUAGUGCCGUGGGAUUUGCUGACUGAUUAUGAACGUCGCAAGGACAGGUUUCGUGCAGCAGAAAUCUUAAAAUUCCUUCAGUAUCAUGGUUAUCGCGUCUACAGGUUAGAUCAGAAUCAAAUUAUGCCACGCUCUGCACCACGCUAUAGCAGCGACUUUAGUAUGCAUGAUUCGGAGCCAUCGGUCGAACGAGUAAAAUCUGAAGGUGAACGAAGUUCAGUAGAAAAAAGAUUUGCUUACAACUUGCUGGAGAAGCUUAUUCAGUAUUUGGAACAGGCUUCCGUUAAAAUGAAGCCCAUCAAACCCAGCCACGAGCUCACGCGACGGAACAGCUUUAGAAAAGAGGGCCAGGACGUGAAGUUUUUUGAGAAAGUGAGUUCAUUCCAAAAUUCCCUUGAUUUUCUGCAGGUUGUUUUACCCCUCAUGCAUUCCUAUUUUAAUGCGCACAAAGGAUAUUUCAUGGCAACAAGUAGUAUUGUAACAACGGGAACUGCUUCAAACAAGGAGAAGGAGAUGGUUGCAAAGUUGGGUUUUACACAUUAUCAAACUUUGGUCAAGAUCAAUUCAGACAUUGUGAGGACAAAUCUUUUAACGUUUUUUAAUAACUGUGCUGAUGAUCUGUUUGCGGCUGUUAAAGAACUACAAGAGAAUGGACAGUACUCAUUGCUUCGUGGACAAAACAUGACUUCAUGGGUUUCGCUUGAGUUUGCUAACCAGAUGGUUAUUCCUGUUUUGACGACAAUGUUUGCUCAUUUUUCAAGAAAUCACUUUGGAACUGACAUCUUACUUGACGAGAUUCAGGCUGCUUGUUAUAAAAUAUUAGACAGUGCUUAUUUAUUGACAUGUCUUGGGUCACAGUCUACUCAGCGCACGACGAUCGGCUUUGAGACUGACAAACAUCGUCCUGGCCUUGGGCAGUGUUUGAGUGCUUUUUCUGGUUGUUUCCCAGUCGCUUUUUUGGAAGCUGAUUUCAAUAAAAACAACAAAUACUCAGUUCUUGCAAAAUCACAAGAGCAGUCUGUCCAAGUUCAAGAGAUGUUGCAAAAUUUGUCUGCUCACUUACCAGAACUGGAAAAACUUUUAUCUGAUAUCGAGGAAGUAAGCCAAAAUAGCGUUAUGUACAGGGAUAGACCCCACGUGUACGAUGUUGACCUACCGUUGUUAUGUUCGUAUCUGACUUACUGGUGGCAGUAUGGGCCGGAUGGUGGUAAUGGAAUGGGAGAGCCAAUUACAACGGUGAACAGCAGCCAUAUGAAUCGCAUCUUCUGUUCUCUCCUUCAGCUAAUGCGUUAUCACAUCGGGGUGGAAAGUGCAACUUGGUUAUGUCGUGUUAAUUACUUCUCAGUCCAAAUCAUCCAAUAUGUUACGUGUGAUCCAGUUAAGGAUUACAUGCUUCCAAUUGCGGAAAAAUUGCGCCAUCUUGCUGAAAAAGCUUACAAAGACGAGGAGCACAUGCGAACCCAUCCCGAUGAUGCUGACGAAGGCACUGUCGCUGAAGAUAAUGCCCGACUUGUGCGAGAUGUUUAUGCAUUCUUUCCCAUUUUAAUGAAGUAUUGUGACCUUCAUCGCGCGCAGUGGUUGAAAACCCCUUCUUAUGAAACAGAUGGAGUUUACGAAAAUGUUGCUGUAAUUUUUAAGAUAUGGUCGUUGUCGCAGCACUUCAAAAGGGAAGAACUGAACUUUAUGGCACAGUAUGAGGAGGGCAAUAUGUCAUUUGGAACGGCAGAAAUGAAGACUGGGAAAGCUGCUAUUGCAGAGAGGAAGAAGAAGCGUCGUGAGGGGCAGGUUCGCCGAGACAAACAUGCAAAUUCCAUCGUUAUUGCCUGUCUAAAACGUCUCCUGCCUGUCGGAUUAAACGUCUUUGGGGGCCGCGAAUUAGAUGUAGUUCAACAAACAAAAGAAAAGUUUUUAAGUAAGGAGAAUGAAGACAAAAUUCGUGAAUUUGUUCGUUCACUGCUGGAGAUACCUGUCAAGACAGACCCUACUGAUAAAAAUGCUUGGCAGCUUAAUUUAUACCGUAAGAUCGGUAAAUCUCAAAUGCGUGGAACUGACGAAAUGACACAGGAUGGAGUCGUUGAAAAGAUUUUCAACAUGGGACAGGUGUCAGCCAUUUUACACGUGAUGACUCGUGUAAGGGAACUAAAACGACGUCGAGGACAACGUAUCGUGAGUUCCAUAUUACGUUUUGCUGCAGAAGUUUCAUUCUUGUGGCAUGCAAAAUUUUCUCCUCGUUUUCAGUUGUCUUAUCUGAUUGUUUACUACCACGGAUCAUCCAUCAGCUGGUUUGUCAAAUGUUUGGAAGAAAAUGAUUUCAACGCAAAGGAAGCGAGCAGUUGUGGCAUGCUUCAGGAUGGUCCCUUUGUACGGCAUUCCAAGGUAACCAGUAGAAUUUAUGUUACAAGUCGACUGGAAAAAGAGGACCGCUGGAAGAAGGUCCUCACCUUACAGAGGAAACGAAUGGCUAUCAGUCUAAUAACAGCAAGCCAUUUGUACAGAGUUGAGAAGCAUCGCGGCAUCAAUUUCUUUUUACCGGCUUUUAGCAAAUUGUGGCUAGAGGAAGAAGCUGUUGGUCAAGAGGCCUUAAUUACCGAACUGACAACGCAAGCAGAGCAGUCAGAGGAGAACAGGAGGUGGAAGAUUCCUGAUGACGAUGUAUUAGUACUUGAAGAAGUAGCCGAUGAUAACCAGUUUUUCUGUUUUUGUUAUGUUCUGUUUUCUGAGCUGAGGUUAUUAAGGCAGCAGCGACCGCCAGAUCCUUUGUCUCAAUUAAUUCAGUGCUUCCAACGCGCAGCAACAAGCGAGGAAAGUGAGGCCUCUCUACUUGCCAAUGAUGCACUGUUCAUCAAUUAUGCACGUGUUAUGUACAAAUCUAUUCAUGUAGAAGAAGAGGAUGACGGUGGAGAUGAUGAAAGUGAAAUUGAUCAAGCCGAGAAGGAAGAAAAGUCACAAGCACUUCGUGCUGAACAAACGGUGCUUGCCGACAGAGGAGCCGCUAUUAUGUGCCUCAUGUACUUAUCUGCUUGUAAUGGUGAACCUAGCGAGAUGGUAGCAGAGACGCUACAGCUGGGAAUACAUCUUCUGAGUGGUGGUAACAGCGAUAUUCAAAAAAUGCUUAUUGAUUACUUGCAAUCAAAAAAGGACGUGCGUUUUUUUACAUCAGUUGCUGGGUUAAUGAAUAAGUGCAGUGUUCUGAACCUUGAAAUGUUCGAGCGCCAGAUCAAGGUUUUCUUUUUGGAACGAUUUUUAAUGGAACAUAAAGCCGCUUUUGUGCAAAAUUUUGAUUGGAUGGGUUUUACUUUCACUGUUUUAAAGGCAGAAGGCCUUGGUAUGGGCGCUGAACUCGCAGCAGGUGACAAUCAGAAUUUGAACGAUGCAGACUUUACCUGUAGUCUCUUUCGGUUUCUGCAACUGACCUGUGAAGGACACAAUCUUGUGACUUUUGUGUUCACUGCGAUUGCCGAAAAGGGGCUUUGUUUUGCGAAGGUCUCCCGAUGUCAGCGAGAUAAGGGCAUAAAUUUUUUGAAUUUUUGUGCCUUGAAGAAUCUUUUUGAAAUUUUAACAGCAUCAGCUUUCGUUUCUUUUGUGAUAGAAGCCUCUAACAGAUACGAUACGCCGGUUACCCGUUACUGGUUUUCGCGGUUUUUGAAAGUUGAUUUUGCUGUUAGAGAAUUCCAAAACUAUUUGCGGUCUCAGCCAGGUCAUACAACGAGCGUGAAUUUAAUCAACUGCACUGUAGACUAUUUACUUAGGCUUCAGGAGUCUGUAAUGGAUUUUUACUGGCACUAUUCAAGCAAGGAAGUAAUUGAUGAAGGAGGCAAGGAGUAUUUUUUGAGAGCAAUUCAAGUCUGCAGUCAGGGUCCUUGUGUUGGUAACCAAAUGACUUUGGCGAACUCACGUUUGUGGGAUGCCAUUAAUGGCUUUUUUUUCCUGUUCGCGCAUAUGAUGGAGAAGCUUUACAAGAAUAGCACACAGCUGGAGCUUUUACGUGAAUUUCUUAACCUACAGAAAGAUAUGAUCGUUCUAAUGCUUUCUAUGUUGGAAGGGAACGUUUUGAACGGACCCAUUGGCAAACAGAUGGUUGAUGCUCUUGUAGAAAGUCAACAAUGCGUUGAGAUGAUACUGAAAUUUUCGGACAUGUUUUUGAAACUGAAAGAUUUAACCACUUCACAAGCCUUCCAAGACUUCGACACCAACAAGGAUGGUUGGAUUUCACCAAAGGAGUUCCAACGUGCUAUGGAAAGCCAGAAGAUGUAUACCGUAGAAGAAAUCACUUACUUGAUGAUGUGUACGGAUGUGAAUAACGAUGGAAAAGUUGAUUACAUGGAAUUCACAGAGAGGUUUCAUAAUCCUGCGAGAGAUAUAGGUAGAAUUCAUUGGAAGCUUAGUCGAGAAGACCAGUUUAUAUUAGUUUGCUUCAACCUUGCUGUUUUACUAAUCAAUCUGAAAGAGCAUAUCACGAAUGAUCCAAGGCUAGAAAAAAUAAUAGAAAAAGCCAAUGCUCUGUUGGAGUAUUUUGAUCCGUAUCUUGGCCGAAUAGAGAUCAUGGGCUCAAGUAAACGAGUCGAAAAAAUUUAUUUUGAGAUUCAAGAGGCUUGGUUGGAACAAGAUUCGAAGAACUCGUUUUUAUUCAAUGUGCUACAAGAUGACGGCGGUGACCAAGGGAAGCUGGAGGCUUUUAUUAAUUUCUGUGAAGACACUAUUUUUGAGAUCACUCGGACCUUCAAGACUGGUUUGGACUAUGGAGUAUCUGCAGCUAAUGCACUAAAGCCAUCAAAUCUUAACAAAUCAUUCAAAAUAAUUUUUGGACGGUUCAGAACAAUGACAUGGCCCCAGUUAGUGUUUGAAAUCCUGAGGCUUUCUUUCUGGGGUGGUUGCAGACUAACUGUGUUUAUGUAUCUCCUUGCCUGUACUGUGUUUCGUUUUGGCUAUUUCUUGGUGACAACUGCAAAGGAAGAGGAGGAGGAAGAGCAAACUGUGUUACCGAUGCUUGAAACCGCUCCCAACCGCCAUUCUCAUCUCCACUCCACUGAUCUUCCUUCCUUUGCACCCCGAUCCCACGAUUUCGAUGUAUUUGGGGUUCAUGUUCACAGUGAUCAAACUCCGACUACCCCAUUAAAUACUAAACCAGAGGAUGAUGUUGCAGGUGCACCUGCUUCAGUAACGGCAACAGAAACGCCGCAGCGCCCAACUGCACUGAUUUCGCCGACGAAGUUAGAAUUAGUGAAUCCUGCUUCAAAUUACGUGUAUGAUACCCGCAGUGUAACAUCUGUUCAAUAUGAAGCAGGUUCUCCAUUGUCUCAAGCAGGAACGGAUUAUGGUGUUUCUUCUGAUUACUAUGAACCAAAAAUUGCAGACCAGAGUUUUCCCAAAAGCAAGGGAUCAAUAUUGUCCUGUUAUAUUCACCGUAAUUAUGCUACUUUGAUUUUCCUCUCAGGAAACGAUGAAGAUUCCGAAGUAGUGGAAACUGUUUACAUAACCGGGAUGGUUCUGCCAUACAUAUCGUAUGAAGUAACGGGUUGGAUGCUUGCUCAGGUUUCUAUUUACAUGGAAAUAUUUCAUACUGUUUUUUCAGAGGCAAGGAGUGGUGUAUGCAUUGUCAAACCGGAAUUUAUUUUAUAUUAUCAUUUGAAUGAAUUUUCAGGUGCUGUAUUGGAUAAGUGUAAUUCACGCUCUUGCUUCUUUUGCAUUGCUUGUAUCGUUCUAUCAGCUGAAGGUGAGCGAUUUUUUAUUCCGUUAAUAACUUUCAAGAGAGAGAAGGAAGUUGCUCGCCGUUUGAUGUUUGAUGGUCGCUGGGUGACUGAAGAAGAAGAUGAAGAAAGAGGACUUGUUGAUAGUAUUAUGUGGUAUCUAGACCGUAUUGUUAUCAGCUCGAAAUCUUUUCCAGUGAAGUACUGGGAUAAAUUUGUCAGACGCAAAACAAAACAGAAGUUUCGUGACCAAGUUGAUGAGGCUAUACUGGACGCUUUAUUGGGGGAGGAAAAAGCUGCUGGUGAUACAUCAUUUGAUUACAGGUACACUUGCUGGCUUUGGUCGGGAGUCAUUCUUACUAACGGGCAGUUUCUAUACAGAGUUCUUUAUCUGUUUGCCUCUGCUUGCGGCGUGUUUGUAUCUCCAUUUUUUUACGCCUUUCACUUAAUUGAUGUGGUUCUCUCGUUUCCAAUGCUCAAAGCUAUUCUGCAGUCAGUUACUCAUAAUUUGCAACAGCUCAUACUCACGAUUAUGAUGACUUUGGUUGUCGUUUACUUAUAUACGGUAGUGGCUUUCAAUUUCUUCCGCAAAUUUUACGUUCAAGAGGGAGAGGAAGGAGAAGAACCUGAUAGGAAAUGCCACAACAUGCUUACCGUAUGCCUUUUGACCGGUCUUAUUCUCGGUGUUACAACUGGAGGUGGUAUUGGCGACGAACUAGAGUCCCCCUACGGUGAUGAACAUGAGUAUGCGAGAAUGGCUUAUGACUUAUCCUUUUUCUUUUUUGUCAUCAUCAUUUUGUUAGCUAUCAUGCAAGGUCUGAUUAUUGAUGCAUUUGGCGAACUUCGAGACCAGCAAGAAUCAGCAACAGAAAAAUUGGAGUCGUCUUGUUUCAUAUGUGAUAUUGGCAAAGAGACGUUUGAUCGGCUUCCUCGCGGUUUUGAAAUCCACACUACGAAGGAGCACAACUUUGCCAACUAUCUGUUCUUCCUACAACAUCUCGUCAAUAAAGAUGAGACCGAAUAUACGGGACAAGAGACGUACGUGAGGGAAAAGUACGAUAACAGAGAUUGGGAAUUCUUCCCCGUGGGCGAAUGUUUCGUCAAGCAGUACGAGGAUCAACUUUUACAAUCUUGA